AUGCAUAUGGAUAAUGAAUUCUUGAAUGUUGCUUCGGAGCAAAAAGCCGAAGAGUCUGUGGAGGAGCUCGAGGAUCUGUCAAGGAGUGAAACACCAAAGAAGGAAAAAAGUGACAGAAAACGAGGAAAAAAGAGCAAAAACGACGACGACAUUUUGGAGCGACUUUAUCGGGAUGUAUCGGCGAUUCUCGAGUCCCACGACGAUAGGCUCGAACACGGUGAAAUCGACGGUUCGAUGGUGUCUUCUGAGAAUAUAACAAAGUGGAAGAAAAUGUAUGCAGGCCUUUACGAUGAACUAGAGAAAGUCCGCAAUAUGCUGCUCAUCCAGCACAAUAUCAAUCAGAAGCAGACCACUGAGAUAACGCUGUUGCAAGAGGAGAUGGAGGCAGUGAAGGUGCGAUACGAAACGAAACUGAAAGAGAUGAGAGAUAAGGUCGUAGAGAAGCAGAAGAAAGUACUCCUACUCGAAGAGCAGAUCCGCUCCAUCGCCUACGGUACUCAGAAACCAAUUCCGCUGAAGGCUGUGGAAACCAAGAACGAGUUCUCAACAGAACUUUCCAUUAUGUUCACCUCUAUCAGUCUCACAGAUGACUUCGUCGCUAGUGUUGGCGUGUGCCCUGCGUAUUUCUUGUCCCUGGAGUUUUUCGACUUCGAACUGCAGACUACACCAAUUCUGACGAAUCAGACGAACACUCUAGACUUCACCACGAUCUACAGUGUGGUGGUGUCAGACCUUUUUGUGCAUUACAUCGAGACAAAUGGUAUCACGAUAGAAAUGUAUUCUCCGCAAAACACCGCAUAUAAACUGUUGGCUGCUGGAGUAGUAACACUCAAGCCUCUACUGCAGAAAGGCGCGAAAAGUCGUUUGGUCGGGGAGCUGAAGCUGAUCUCACUGGAGUCUGGCACAACUGUUGCCACACUCAAGUACGAAUUGAACACAACAGAACAAUUAGGAAAAGCCAUCACGAGCUUCCAGGUACAGCUUCGUCUUAUCUUUUGA